AACAGUUGAUCCUGUCGUGCUAAAGCAGUGCAGAGGGCUCAGGUCGGCUGGACGGAGGAAGAAGCCUCCGGUUAUCAGGGGCUUCAUAACAUUUCCCCUCCGCGUGUUGUGUCAGUAAAGUGUCCGGUCCGUGCGUCUCCUCCCCGGGACAGAGGCAUGGCAGAGCCCGCGGAGAAGAGGCUGAGGAGCAGCCUGCCACGGUGCACGGAGCACCAGAGCUCCAGCCGGGCAUCACGCAGCCUGCAGGCCCCCGUGGAGGAGGCUCUGUGCGCGGUGAGCAGCAUGCUGCGGGGCGGAGGGUACCGGCUGCAGGCUCUGAAGCCCCUAUGUGAGGGGGUCUCCUCCCUGCUCCCGGCCCUGGAGCUGCUGCGCCUCCAGCUGAAGGAGGAGCUCUCCGCCCUGCUGGAGCUCAGCCUGUUGGCCCGGAGCCUCGGGGACCCGAACACCGCCAGCCUGGUGAAGGGCCACUUCCUGUCUCCACGGGUCCACCGCCUCAAAGUGCUGGGAGACCUGAUGACCAGCGCCCGCAGGGUGGGCUGUACCAACGAGGGGACGGGGGGGCUCGGGGAGUUCAUCUUCAACGAGCUGCAGGAGGAGCUCUCCAGAUAGUUAUUGUAAUGUUUUGGAAUGCUCUGCAGAGCAUUAAUGUCAGACUUCUCCUGUGUAAGAUUUUAGACCACAGUGACAUUUUGGGAAAUUAGCCUAGCUUAGCACAAAGACUGGAAUCGAAGGGAAACUGCGAGCCUAGCUCCUGGGCUGCACCACUGAGGGGACGGGGGGGCUUGGGAAUUUAUCUUCAUCGAGCUGCAGGAGGAGCUCUCAGCAUUAUAGAUGUUUUUCCUCAGAGUAAAGAUAAGAGUGUCGUCUCACUGACUCCAGUAGAUUAGCCUAGCUUAGCAUAACGACUGAGAACAAGGGGAAACUGCGAGCCUAGCUCUUUUAAAAGGUCAACAAACUCCAUUCCUUCAGAGCCGUCAGAUUUAUAUGUUGUAUUUUUCUACGUGAACAAAAGUUAAAAGUGCUCAUUUCUUUUAUGAAAUGAGCACUUUUAACUGAUAGAUGUAAGUGUCGUCUCACUGCCUCCACUUUAGCCUAGCUUAGCACAAGUUAGCACUGAGUUUUUUGUAAUGAAAGGUACAUUAUUUAGGAAUAAAUGUAUUUUAAGUUCAAAUCAGAGCAGGUAUUCAAUGCAUAUCUAAUUAUAUUUGAAGGUUAUAAUAUAUUUAAUACCGAGCAACUAUAGAAAUGUAUGUGUUGCUCGAUUAAAACUUGUGUAAUCAGAUUUAAACUGAACAUUUCUACACGUCUUUAAAGUAUUUAUACAAAUGUUUCCGACUUUGUUUUGUAUUAUUUAUUCACCUUGUUUUCAGAGUUUCUAUUUUUUAUUCUGAGUUUGUUGUGCACUAUUUUUUAAAGUUAGAAAAUAUAUUUAUUGAAUUUGUCAUGAAAACCAAUGUUUGCUAUACGAGAAUGGGGUUUGUGUUACCUGCAUGUUUUAGCAUCCAGAACAUUGUAAUUGUUCCCCAAAAAUAUGGUUAAAACUUUUGGAAAUAAAGUAAUGAAGACUGUUUCGGAGUAAUUCAUUUAUUCCAUCAGUUAAAUUCUGGACUUUUGAACACGUAAAAUACAGGUAAAUAUACAGUGAAGCCUCAGUGAGUUAUAUAUAAUCUGAAAUGUGGAUUUUGGAUUUUGGACCACCAGUCUGAAAGAAGACAUGCUUUGGAAAAAAACAAAAUCCAAAAUCUCAUAAUUGAGGAAUGCAUCAAACAUUUGUUGCACUUUGUUUUCUCCUAAAAUAAAAACCAGUGAAUUUAAA